GUGUUUCAAUGACUUCUGCUACUACUUUUACUGCUUUACCUGAAAAUAAACCUCAGAUUCAGCAUAUAGUUAACAUUCCUGAACAAAUUGAGCCUGAGAUGCAUGAUCAAUGUUGCAUCUACAAGGUUCCUCACCAUCUCCAUAAACUGAAUGUGGAAGCCUAUACACCAUAUUUCAUCUCAAUAGGCCCUCUUCACAGUGAAAAGCCAGAGCUGAAGCAGGAAAAACUGAAGCAGAGGUAUUUUCAUGCCUUCUGGAAAACUUUAUCUCAGAGGCAGUCUUUAGCUUUGUCAAAGUAUAAAGUCUUCCUUGAAGAGAACAAAGAAAAGAUAGGGAACUCUUACUCCGAGCCAGAACUCCACAAGAAUGAAAAUUUUGUGGACAUGAUCCUGUUAGACUCAGUCUUCAUCAUGGAACUGUUUCUGAGAAAAGCAAACAAAUCUGAGAAGAAGAAUGAUUUGAUGUUCACCACAUCAUGGAUCUGCAAGAUGACUCAACGUGACUUGUUACUGCUAGAAAACCAGCUUCCCAUGUUUGUGUUGGAGGAGUUGCACACAAGGGUCAUCCUUGGAGAUAAUGGCACCAAGGAAAACUGUCUCAAGUUCACUGAACUUGCCUUUAACUACUUUGAAGACUAUUAUCCACACAAGUCAAUUCAAAAGGUGGAGAUGAUCAAGAAUUGUGAAUCUUGCUUAAACUUCACUGAUUUGAUCAGAUACACUUACCUUCCUAGACAAAUCCAGGUUCAUAAGAACUCAUCACAACAUUUCACUCCUUGUGCUGUGGAAUGUGUUCUGAGGACUGCAACAAAGUUGGAUGAAGCAGGUGUUAGUUUUGAAACUGUUGAAGGUAGACCAGGUGACAGAAUGUAUAUUAAGAAACCUCAUUGCUUUGGAGCAGUGCCACUAUUCAGACCAGCCUUUCAUAUGCAACUAUGUGAAUCUAAUUGA